ACCUGUCUGAACAGGGAGAGUCGGAGCGCUGCAGGGCAGGGGAAAGAGAUAAAGAAAGAAAGCGGGAAGGCAGGUUAAAAAAAAAAGAAAAAAGGAGGAGGAACAAAAGGUGCAUAUUUAAAGAGCAAAAACAGGAAAGAGGUACGUUAGAGACAACUUGGGAACAGACAGGGAGUGAGGAAAGAGUUUAUCAAGAUCUCAGGGCUUCAAGCUUCCUUUUUCCCGUUGCUUGCUGGGCUGUUUUCAACUUUUCUGAGACCCGUGGCUAUUUUGGUCUGUUGGUGUUGGAGCGGUUUGGGAUGGAUGCCAUCAUGUUGCAAGAAAAACUGGUGGAACGGCUGCUGUGCCCACGAGUGAGAACAGCCAGGCAGAAGGAGAAACAGUAUGUUGGAUUUGCAACUCUGCCCAACCAGGUCCACAGGAAGUCUGUGAAGAAAGGCUUCGACUUUACACUGAUGGUAGCAGGGGAGUCUGGGAUGGGUAAAUCCACCCUUGUUAACAGCCUGUUUCUCACAGACCUCUACAAAGACAGGAAGUUACUGAAUGCUGAGGAGCGCAUCAACCAAACUGUGGAGAUCAUCAAACACACUGUAGACAUUGAGGAGAAAGGAGUCAAACUCAAGCUGACCAUCGUUGACACACCUGGCUUUGGAGACGCUGUCAACAACAACGAGUGCUGGAAGCCAAUCACGGACUACAUCGAUCAGCAGUUUGAGCAAUACUUCAGGGAUGAGAGCGGCCUGAACAGAAAGAACAUCCAGGACAACCGAGUUCACUGCUGCCUCUACUUCAUCCCUCCAUUUGGACACGGGCUCCGUCCAGUCGAUGUUGAAUUCAUGAAAGCCCUGCAUGAAAAGGUGAACAUCAUCCCACUCAUUGCAAAAGCUGACUGCCUCACACCCAACGAGAUAAAGAAGCUCAAAGACCGAAUACGAGAUGAAAUAGAGAAGUUCGGGAUUAAAGUGUACCAAUUCCCUGAAUGUGACUCGGAUGAGGAUGAGGAGUUCAAACAGCUGGACAAAGAGCUAAAGGAGUGCACCCCAUUCGCUGUGAUCGGCAGUAACACCGUGCUGGAUGUUCGAGGACAGAGAGUGAGAGGCAGGCUCUACCCCUGGGGCAUUGUUGAAGUGGAGAACCAGUCGCACUGUGACUUUGUGAAACUGAGGAACAUGCUGAUUCGCUCACACAUGCAUGACCUCAAAGACGUCACCUGUGAUGUCCACUAUGAAAACUACAGAGCACAGUGUAUACAAGAGAUGACCAGUAAACUGGCUCAGGAUAACCGUAUGGAGAGUCCCAUCCCCAUCCUGCCACUCUCCACGCCUGAUGUGGAGACUGAGAAGCUGAUCAAAAUGAAAGAUGAGGAGCUGAAGAGGAUGCAGGAGAUGCUGAACAAGAUGCAGCAGCAGAUGCAUGAUAAAGAACAGUGAUGUCUCUCUCUCUCUCUGUGGGCUGCAGUGCCCCCUGCUGUUUCUCCUCCAAACAACAGUGAGACCUUCAGAUGACGAACAUGGAUAUCACGUGUUAGUGGCGACUCUGGCUGUGCAUUUCUCCUCAGUUUGGUGCUUGGUAUAAUUUGUCUGCCUGAAGGGUUGUGUGUCAGAGGGAGUUUUCUUCUCUGAAACUAUCCAUAUGCCGUCUUGAGCCUCCCCUGCUGUGGUUUAACAGUCUUAACAUAUAUAUUAUAAAUGCAUAAUUUAAAUUACUACUUCAGUGUAUCUAAUUUAUAAAUGCAAUGCUAAACUUUUGGAUAUUUUGUCAGGGUAUGAACAUGCGUGCUACAAGUUGUUUUGUAAUGAAAUUUAGACUGUAGAUGAUGUUUUAAUCUGAACAUGGAUGUUGUUUUUUAUUAUGUGUUUGUGAGUGUAUGUUUGGGUGCGUGAGCUUGUGUAUUACAUGACAUUUCCACCAGUAUCAACCAAUUAUCCGUCCAUUUUACUCCUAUUAGUCCUUUUGACCUUUGUUAAUCAGCUCUCCAAUCCUUAUAAAAACCUUCAUGUGAUGUUUUUUUUUUCACAUAUGGCAAAUCAAAAUAUCCUCUCCCAGCACUUUUUACAUGCUGGCUGAGCUGGAAAUGCACUUAUUGCCAGUGGCUUACUGUGAAUGGAGAGCCUUUGACAUAAUGAGAGGGUCGGUGCAGUGCAUGGUACAUGUGCAAGCAUGCCACCAGUACUCAUCUCCACCAAACUCUGAGGGCCUAUUUUUACGUCUUUAUAGCUGAAGCCCUGUGCUUGUAUUAAAAAUGCCGACUGCCUGCUUUGUUUAUGAUGAAAAGAUCAAUAACAAGGAGAGAAUACUGUCUCCGCUUCUGUUUUCAUUUCUCUCUCCUGUGAGUUGCUGCCUCCUGCCAGUGAAGAUGUGUGUGAGUGGGGAUUAUUUCAGAGCGUUUGUGUGUGCUGAUGCUGAUAAACAGUACUUAUUUUGCCUGAAGGUUGUGAGCUCAGCCUGUGCCCUGUUUAUAAAGGUGUGAUGAAUAAACUCUUGUUUCUCGUC